GGAGAGAUGGAUGGAUGGAGAGAAAUAGCCUAAAGAAAAGCAGCUGAGGAGUCAAAGGACAGGAGGAAUCGGCCGGCACACAGCAGGACGAGAGAAAUGGCAAAUUUUUCAGGCACCUGGAAAAUGAAGAGCAGCGAGAAUUUUGACGAGUUACUCAAAGCUCUGGGCGUGAACGCCAUGCUGAGGAAGGUUGCAGGGGCGGCUGCAUCCAAACCCCAUGUGGAGAUAAAGCAGAGCGGUGACCACUUCUACAUCAAGACCUCCACCACCGUACGCACCACGGAGAUCAACUUCGUCGUAGGCGAGGAGUUCAAUGAGGAGACGGUGGAUGGCAGAAAGUGUAAGAGUUUGGCCACGUGGGAGACGGAAAACAAGAUUUACUGCAAACAGACUCUGCUGAGUGGGAACGGUCCAAAAACCUUCUGGAGCCGAGAACUCAAAGGGGAGGAACUCAUUUUGAUCUUUGGAGCAGACGAUGUGAUCUGUACGCGGAUCUACGUACGAGCUCAGUAGACAUCUCCGUUCCCCCAAAUUAACUCACAACUGACACCCUGUUGAUGUCUGAAAUUUAGCGCCUUGCAAAAGUAUAUAUAAACCACCAACUUUCUUUUUGACAUUUUUUUGACUACAAGAAAAACUGACAUUUUUGUGCUUGCGGAUAAUUGGGUAGUUAAAACAAUACCAACUUUUCCAGUCUACAGAGUAUUUUUGCCCUGUCUACAUAGCAUCCUCCAACAUGACGAUGCCAUGUUUAACAUAGUAUUUAAUUUGCUUAGUUUAGGUUCACGUGUCACAUUUUGCAUGAGGUAUCAUCUGUUCAGAGCACCUUCCUCUCUUCUGCCGUCUCCAACAUGGCCUGUGGCAAACUGCUUUGGUUUCAACAACGGUUUUCGUCUCGCUGCUCUUCAGUGAAGGUCAUAUUCUUAGAGUGAACACCAAACAGAUUGCAGUGCUGACAGAUUCCCACACCUGAGCUGAUCCUGUCUGGGUAGAUCUGCAACUGUGCCGCUUUCCAUUUUCAGAUAAUAGAUCAAACGGUGCUCAAUUUGAUCUUCAAAAUUUGGGUUUUCAUUUCAGAAGCCAAGUCUACUUUUUCUACUACUAACCUGUCUUUAGCUUUAUCCCUGAUGUCUCUGGUUAGUAUAUCGUUUUUGAAAAUAACACCCUCCCCUUGCUGUCACAAAACAAUGUUAAAAUUAUACCCUUAUCCCACCUUGAAGUGUUUUCUUGAAAGAGGCUAAAGAGGUUUGUGGCCAUAAUGUGACAAAAUGUAAAAUAGUUCAAGGAGUAUGGAUACUUUUGCAAGGCACUUUAACCUUGAUGGUGUGCUGCAUUUUUGUAUAGCAACGUAAAUUAGAAAGUUGAUUUUUACUUUUUCUUGUGCAUAAUUUUGUGGUUUUGCUUUUUCUUCCCCUCCCCCCACAACAAAGGCAGAACUACCUGUUCUAAUCUGAAUAAAAAUGCUGAACCCUCCAUCCAUUCUUCUGUACACACAUAUCCAAUGGCGAUGAAGAGAGUCUUUUAGGGCAGUUUUGGGUCGUCAUAUUUGGACUACAAGACUAAGUCGGAGUAUCCAAGGGGAAUCCCGACAAGAACAUGGAGAAAGAGCUAAACCAA